CAAAUAAUCAAUUUAAAGUCGACAACAUGGCUGGUCCAAGUGACAAAGCGCGUUACUAUCUCGAACAUGGAGUCUCAGAACUCAAUGAGCUUGAGCGCAAGAAGAUUUUCUCGAGGGAAGAGAUCAGCUCAAUAGCGAAAAAGCGCUCCGACUUCGAACAUAUAAUAAAUGCCAGAGGCGCAUCGACCUCCGAUUUCCAACGAUACAUCGAGUUCGAGAAGAAUGUGGAGGCUCUUCGCCGGAAGCAUGUGAAAAGACUAGGUGUAAAGUCGUCUGGGAGCGGACAGAAAAACAUAUUCUUUCUGUACAAUCGCGGCGUGAAGAAGUUUUCAGGCGACCUGGAAUUAUGGAUGCAGUAUAUCGAGUAUGCGCGCAAAGAAAAGGCCUUCAAGAAGCUGAACGAGAUUUUCACGUCCAUCGUCCGUCUACACCCUGCGAAACCCGAUGUCUGGAUCUACGCUGCGGAGUACUACAUGGAUUCGCAAGCCGACAUUACAAACGCUCGAAGUUACAUGCAACGUGGUCUGAGAUUCUGUCAAAAGUCGGAGAAAAUAUGGCUGGAGUACGCGAAGCUAGAGACAAUCUACAUCGCAAAGAUUGGAGGCCGAAGGAAGGUGCUUGGUUUGGAUAUUGAUCGCACGCAGAGCAACGCCGCAAAUGGAGAAGAGGAGGAUGAAAAUAUGAUUGCAUUACCGGUUGUCUCAGCAGAGGAUGUGAACCCAAGCCUCGGGAAAGAAGACGGCGUGGACGAGGUUGCCUUGCAGAACAUGGCGUCUGCACCGAUACUGACCGGAGCUAUACCAAUGGCCAUAUUCGACGCCGCCACCAAACAGUUCCAAGGCAAACCUGCGUUUGCGGAACGAUUCUUCGACAUGAUCGCCGAGUUCGAUCAGCUAUCCUGCAUUGAACGAAUCCUUCAACACGUGCUGGACUAUCUCCUGCAGAAUUAUCCAAAGUCAGUUUCGACCACCAUCUGCACAUUUCGCAUGCGACUUUUCGGCAUUCACCCAAGUUCGGCCAAUUUCAUCUCGACUUUGCGCGAUUCCUUAGAAUUGCUUGCUUCUGCGAUCGGACAGUAUCCGGAUAAACAGUCGCACAUUGCAGAAGUUGCAGUCAGACAAUUAUUGCCUUUGUUACGUGAAGCCGAGGAUUUGGAUGAGCCUACUUUGAAGAAAGCAUUGAGUGCCAGUCUUCGCAAGUACACCCGACUGGUCGAAGAACAUGGUACAGGAGCAAGCGGUGACAGCAUAGUGGAUCUUGUUGAGGGUUUGGUGCAAGAGAAGAAGAGAGCCGAUGCAGCGAGGCUGGUGCAAGCAAGCACAAAGCAGUGGGGCACAAACGAACGUCUCAUCCAGCUGGACCGGGCCUUAAACACUUGAUUUCAUCCGAGACAUUGAGUUUUGUGCCGACUGAAUGAUUUGUUGACGACAGCGGCGUCAAGGAAGGCUACAUACCAUUAUCAAGUUCUUCGAUUCGGCAGGACCUACAUCUGGGCGAAGUUAUGCUACGGAUUUUCCAUUCGAAUCGCCGUCAAUCGAGAUUCAGUCGUCCCCUCGACUCCUUCUCGAGCUUUUUUUCGAACUAUGCUGCUUCUUUCCCUUCAACCUCCGUUCAUUGUCGGCCUUUUGUCUGGUAGUCCUAUUAGUCUUGGCGGGAAGCAUAGACUUGUGUGGGGCAAUGCAUACAAGCUCUUGACAUGUUUUUUCUGUUCAGCAGAUGUCUCGCCCGGUACAGCGGAUUUCCCCGCAUCGAGCACCACCUGGUGGAGUUUUGCAUAACAACUAUCGAGGUUGUCGUGCAGUUUGCGAC